AUGCAGUUUGUCAAGUUCUACCUUGUUCUGCGCCGACACAGCCUUCGGAUGCACCUGCGCGAGUGGUUUGUGAGACCCAAGCUGCAUGAAUCUUGGUACAACAGCUAUGUGGCCCGCCGACGACGAGCGAAAAAGAACGAUUGUGAACAGGUCCAAAAGCAACUGCUGGGCGUCCAGCAGAUCGUCGCCAGCGAGGGCGCCUUUGCAGCCAUCCGAGCAGAUCGACGGGUGGUGACUUGGGGAGAUCCAACGUGCGGAGGUGAUAGCAGCAAGGUGCAGAAUCAACUGAACGAUGUGCGACAGAUUUGCGCGACCACAUUGGCCUUUGCCGCCUUGCUGGGCGACGGCAGCAUCGUGGCCUGGGGCGAUCCCAGAUUUGGUGGAAGCACUCGACGAGUGCAGAGCCAGCUGCAGGGGGUGAAGCAGGUCUUCAGCAAUGAACUGGCCUUUGCUGCAGUGCUGGAGAGCGGCCAAGUGGUCACCUGGGGAAACUACCAUUCUUGUGUACGAAGCCCCUUGAUCCAAAAUCAACUCAAAGAUGUGCAGCAGAUUUCGGGAUCUUGCGGGGCCUUUGCAGCCCUCCUUCAGGAUCGAACGGUUGUGACAUGGGGUAGUGCCUCCUCUGGAGGUGAUAGCAGGAGUGUUCAAGAGAGGCUGAAAAACGUGCACGAGAUUUGUGCGGGUCGUUAUGCUUUCGCAGCCAUCCUGUCAGAUCGAACGGUGGUCACUUGGGGCUUAUCCAAGCUCGGAGGCAACAGCAAGAAAGUUCAAGACCGUCUUCAAAACGUCCAACAGAUUUGCAGCUCGCGCUGUGGUGCUUUUGCCGCUAUUUUGAUGGACGGGACGCUGGUGACUUGGGGCGAUCCAGAGUGUGGUGGUGACCGGCUGCAUCGGGGAAUGUUCACCGGAUCCUGUGGGCAUUUGAGGACUUUGUAG